AUGGGCUCACUCCGUGUGCUUGCAACGCUCCUCCUCUGCUACCAGACCGUUACGGCACAGACAGUCCAGAGCUCUUGGGCGGUUCCAAAUGGCUCACUCAGUGAUUUCGCUCAGACGUUCACUGAAGGCAAAGCCAUGCCGAUUGCAUGGGAUGGGUGGGAUUCUGGGUGGACAGACGAGUUUCUGGACAAUGACACUGUCGCCGAUCUAUGGGUGACUUCGUAUAACUACGCACAAUACGAAUACUCCCAGUACCUUGUUGGAAACGUCAAUAUCUCGGUUGCAGGAUCGUACAACUGGACUAUCAACGUCAACUCGACCAGUCUGUCAAACACAGCUGAAUAUGUUUUCCGGUUUAAGCCACCACAGUCGACCUACAAUGUAUCCAGCGACCAAAUCUCAUCUACUGGCUUCAUUGUAGUGUCAAAGGAUACGACGACAACGACAACAGCAACCACAUCAGCACCAACAAGUACCACCACAUCGGCAUCGUCUACAACAGCAGCUACAGCUACAGCAUCCGCAACAGCUACUUCGUCUGCGUCUGCGUCUUCGUCUUCAUCAGGCCUUAGCAGUGGUGCGAAAGCCGGCAUUGGCGUUGGAGUAUCAAUUGGGGCCAUCGCUAUUCUUACAGCCCUUGCCUUCUUGUUUCGACGUCGGAACCUCACGCGGAAAUCGGCAGCAGCACCAGUGGCGCCAGCAGUAUCUCUCGCGUCACCUCCGCCCCAGGGUCCGUCCGAGCUUGAUACGGCGUCCAAGGAAGCAGGCAAGCAGGUGUUAUAUUCACCGGUUCCUGUUCAUGAACUUCCCUCGUAUCCCGCGCAUCCGGCGGAGCUGGAUUCGGGUGAUUAUCCAUGA